AUGAAGUUCUCACUUAUUACUCUUGCCGCAGCCGUCCCGGCUCUUGCUGCCGCUGUUCCUGCUUCUGUUGAUACCGCUGAAGUUGACAAGCGCGCCAACUGCAAGCUGACCCUCCAGUGGCUCACCAACUGGAGCGAGGAUGCCCUGAGAAGAUACCGAGUCUGGCUUAUCACUGAGCCUCGAAAUGAUGACCACAUUCACAAAUACUGCGAUCUCUUCAAGGCUGAUGCCAUGGGCGCUCGGAACGUGCAGUGCUUCUGGACUGAUGACGGAAAGUAUGUCAUUGACGAUAGUGAGGGUGAAGGCUCUCCUGGUCACGAUCAAUAUCUGAAGUACUUCAACAACGCAGCCAAGUACUUUGAGUGGGCUACUGGCUGUGACACUGUCCGUAACCUUUAG